AUGUGUAAGCACCUUAAUGUCAUAACAUUACAAAACAUUUGUGAGAAGCAUACUACAGCUGUUCUGCAUUAUAGUCAAAUUGAAAUUUUUCAACGGCAUGAAUUCCAUACAUCUGAACCUCGUAGAAUACCACCGAUUGUGGCAAUUAUAAUUCGGCCACUAGUUCAAAUUGGAGCAUUUGUAUUUGGAAGAGCAUUUAAAAAAUGGUGGAAGAAGAAAACACCAGAAGAACAAAAAGUUUAUAUAAAUUGGUUGAAAAGUCGGAAAAAUGCCUUUUUUGGUUUCCUUGGCUUUUUUUUAUUUGCACUAUUUCUUUAUUAUGUAACUCACUUACAAAUUGAUCCAAUAACAAAGCGACCAAGAUUUAUCAUAUUCACCAAAGAACAACAAGAAUUAUUUGCAAAAUUAACUCUACAAAUACAUUUAGAAGAGAAUAAGGGACAUAUUGUACCAGAGAAUCAUCCAGUUUAUAUGAGGCUUACCAGGAUCACUAAACGAUUAUUAAAUGCAAAUAUGGAUUUGCAAUCUGUAAAAGAUAAACAAUGGAGUCUUACAGUAGUUGAUGGUGCAUUAAAAAAUGCGUACGUUCUUCCGGGAGGACAUAUUUUUGUAUUUUUGGGAGCUCUUCAUUUGGUGGAAAAUGACGAUCAGCUUGCGAUUAUUCUAGCUCACGAAAUGGCUCACGAAUUAUUAAACCACUCGAUGGAACAAGUAUCAAGAGGAGUAAUUUUAGAUAUGCUUUUGGCUUUACCCAUUGUUCUUUUAUGGGCAAUUUUUCCAGAUGCCGUAGCGGCAAUUUUUCAAAUUUUGGGUGCAUCGGUGAUUAAUAUUUUUCACCAUUUGCCAUAUAGUAGAGCUUUAGAAUCUGAAGCUGAUGAUGUUGGAUUAAUACUUGCAGCCAAAGCAUGUUUUGAUGUCCGGGAAGCAGUGGUAUUUUGGGGUAUAAUGAGAAUGUUAACUGAAUUAAAAAUUGAAAAAGACAUACCUCCAAUAUUAUCCACUCAUCCUGAUCAUGGAGAUCGAGAAAAACACUUGAAUGAGCUAAUGCCUAAUGCUAUUGCAUUAAGAAAUAAUGUUGGGUGUUCUUAUCUAUCUCCCAGAGAUCCACGGAAUACAUUUUAUAUGCGUACAAAGAAGGACCACGAAUUAUAUUUUAAAUUGCGCGGAAUCACAAGUACAUAAUUUUUAAAUCAAGCUAUAAUAAAAAUGUAUAAAAUUUAUUGCAAAAAUAUUUUUUCAAAAAGUUGAUUAAUA